AUGCGCAGGGUGAUUCUGUUCACACCGUCAGGUCUCGGUAUUUGCCUGGGGUUCGGCGAUGGGGCGUUAGGCUGCUGCUGGCCGGAGACCUACCUGGAUGUGGCUCUGCGUGGGCGACGCGACCGACAGAAUCGAGUCCACCGCAUCGUCCGGCCAUACUCGAGGCUCCUGUGGGGGGGACGGGCCUUCGUCCCGCCCGUCGGCCAGUCCCAGGAACCACGGGUCCCGCAUCGCGGGGGCGGCACUAGCCUUUCGCGGUAUGACGCCGGGGUCCGACCGCCGAGGUCGGACGCCAUGACGAGACAAGUCCGAGGCACAACACUCCAGCAGGGGUCUCUCGGCAUUCCUCCUGCGAUACAGGAGCUACAAGCUGGCAUUGUGCUGGCACUAAUCUACGAGGCCGGAAUGGAUCGUCGGCCAGAUCCUUCCGGUAAGGGCCCUUGA